UUACUCUUCUGCUUCCGGUGCCUCACCGUAGCCGGUGUUAAGAAGAUGGCUUCUCAGCAGCAGCAGCCUGGCGGGCCGAUGUCUCAGCCCGGAUUACAACAGCCCACUUCAUUACAGCAACAGCAGCAACAGCUGAGCCAGCAGCAAGACUUUGAUCCGGUUCAUCGCUUUAAGAUGCUCAUUCCUCAGCUGAAGGAGAGUCUGCAGAAUUUAAUGAAGAUCGCAUCGCUCAAUUUGGCCCAUAACACGUCCAUUGACAACGGCAUCAAAAGCAGCGACGCCUCUGUCCAGCGCUUCGACAAAAGCCUGGAGGAGUUUUAUGCCCUGUGUGAUCAGCUGGAGCUGUGUCUGCGGCUGGCUUAUGAGUGCCUCUCUCAGAGUAUCGACAGCGCCAAACAUUCACCCAACCUGGUCCCAACAGCCACCAAGCCAGACACAGUGCAAACAGAGUCCAUGUCUUAUGCCCAGUACCUCGGCAUGAUCAAGUCUCAGAUUUCCUGCGCCAAGGACAUCCACAACGCUUUGCUGGAGUGCUCCAAGAAGAUCGCAGGAAAGGGACAGCCUCAGGGAAUCAUGUAGACCCGGACCUGACCUGGCCUUAGGUCUUUCUGCAUCCGGUGACUCUGAACUCAGUUUUGCUCAAGAUCCUGUAUAUUUGGUUAAGAUUUUCUUUCUUCUUCUUCUUUUUUUUUUUUUAAGUAAGUUAUGUUUCUUUAUAAAUGCUGUGUAAAUAUUCCUGACAGUCAUGUUGUAAGAUGACCAGCAGGUGGUGGCAGAGUUGUAACUGCCAACUCAAUAUUCACAAGUCUUUUGUAGCUUCUUUGUAUUGAAUAAAACCUUUCUACUGAUACUAA